AUGAUGUUGAAAAGAAAUAAAGCAAAUGUUGUAAAUAAUACUGAAGUAGCUGAAGUUAAACAAACUCCGACACCAUCGCCAAAACCAACGCCUUCACAAACAACACCUUCAAUGACUCCUGAACCUAUGGAAUUACAAACUCCUGUUCAAAAGUCAACUCCAAAACCGACUCCAACAUUUAAACCAGAACCUACACCACAAAUAAAUCGUAAAACUCCUGCGUUUCCUUACUGA